GCCAACUCCAACUCUCUGGUGCCUCCAUUGCCACAUCUUUUUCCAAUGUUACUGGCUUCAGUGUUCUUGGGGAAAUCCAACCAGAUCAAUUGAAGAACCGACGGGGAUUGAAUUACCAUCGGACUAUGUGGGUGCACUGUACACCCGUAUAGAUUUGGAAAAACCACAUAUACCGAUAAAACGAUGGGAGACAAGAUUUGAACCCUUAACCUCCCACCCUACCAAGAAAUUGGCUCUUCUUGACUCUGCACUAUUUAUGUAGAAUGCCCAAUGCGGACCAGGGUCUAUAACACCAGAUCCAAUCAUACAUAAAUUAUUAGGUGGUGCUGAACUUGUACCACUAAGUUAUCACAGUUUGGGAUGUCAAGUGCACUGGAGACCUUGUGUGGUCAGGCUUUUGGAGCAGAACAAUACCAGAGACUUGGAACCUAUACUUAUGGGGCCAUCAUAUGUCUCUUUAUAGUUUGUAUACCAAUAUCCCUUCUGUGGAUCUUCACUGACAAGCUGUUAAUACUCACUGGCCAAGAUCCUGUAAUUGCAACUGAGGCUGGCAAAUACUUGAUCUGGCUCAUACCUACACUAUUCCCUUAUGUCAUUCUCCAGUCACUUGGUUGCUUUCUCCAGACUCAGAGUUUAGUCUUUCCAAUGCUGCUUAGUACAGUUGCAUCGGUAUCCUUACAACUACCUCUUUGUUGGGUUCUUGUAUUCAAGUUGAAGCUUGGGAAUGCUGGAGCAGCUUUGUCAAUUGGUAUAUCAUAUUGGUUAAACGCCAUCUUGCUUGUGCUGUAUGUGAAGUAUUCUUCUUCCUGUAAAAAAACUCGUGUUCCUUUCUCAAUGGAUGCUUUUCAAACAAUGGGGGGAUUCUUCCGUUUUGCUAUCCCUUCCGCUGUAAUGAUUUGUUUGGAGUGGUGGGCAUUUGAGAUAGUUGUGUUGCUGUCUGGCCUGUCACCAAAUCCUAAGCUAGAGACCUCUGUGCUAUCUAUAUGCUUAACCAUUACUUCACUGCACUACCUCAUACCGUACUCUUUUAGUGUUGCUGCAAGUACACGGAUAUCAAAUGAGCUAGGAGCUGGGAAUCCAGUGGCAGCAAGAAUUGCUCUUUGUACGGUACUAUUAGAAUCUGUAUCAGAAUUUUUUCUGGCAAGCAUAACUUUAUAUGUCUGCCGUUCCAUACUUGGAUAUGCCUUCAGCGACGAGAAAGAAGUUAUUGACUAUGUCAAACGCAUGACUUAUCUUCUAUGCAUUUCCAUCAUCAUGGAUGGCACACAAGCAGUAUUAUCAGGGGUAGCAAGAGGAAGUGGAUGGCAGCACUUAGGAGCUUAUGUAAAUCUUGGGGCAUAUUAUCUGGUUGGAAUUCCGGUGGCUUUAAUCCUGGGAUUUGCACUGCAUUUAAGAGGAAUGGGUCUCUGGAAUGGACUGGUCGCUGGAGCCACGGUGCAAAGUCUUCUCUUGUCCAUCAUCACAGGCCUGACAAACUGGGAAAAUCAGGUAAUUGAAGCUAGACGCAGAAUAUAUGAAGGGGAAGAAGAAAAGGCCACUCCAGUGUGAGACCGUGAGUCAAUUGGAUGGAAAAACUAGCAAUUGCAGGGCACAAAUGAGCUUUUUCAUGUGCUUGAACUGCACUAAAGUACAACUCUUCAAAUGAUAACGUAAUGUCGAGAAAGUUUAAUUGCAUAAUUCAAAGAUAUGCUAUAAUUCAUUAGUGCCUUUCAAUUAACUGCAUUCAUUCUUUGCAGUUAAUGAAAUAUUUGGUAAGUAUUAAUAAGUAAGAUAAAGAUGAUUAAAAGGUUUUGGUCUAGUGGUAAAAGUUAAAUUUACUCCCUUCUAGAAAAAACUAAAAAAAAAAAAAGAUUUGGAUGAUAACAUGAGUUAAUUUAAUAGUGAAAGCGUCGAAACUCGUUUUGGUCAGUCGAAACUCGUUUUCCUCCAUGGCAAUAUUUUUGUUGCACUUUGCCUCCUGUUAUUAAGUCACACCUAGCUUUUACAGAUAAACUCUAUAAAGUUUCAUUUUUACCUUAUCUCCAUUUUCCUCUUUUCUUCUUUUUCCUGCCCAACUUUUUCAUGUCACCCAUUUCUAAUGAUAUUCAUUUGUUUUAGAAAAUCAUGAAUUGAGUUCCCAAAAAAAAAAAAUCUAAUCAUAUUAAGUAAAUUCAAAACCUUGCUAUUGUUAAACAUAUUCUUUCUAAAAUUGUGAAAUCAAUAAAUGGAGGUACGACACAACUUUUGGUAAGAUAUCUCUUUUGCACGUGUCAUGGAAAUUUGAAUAUUUCAAUCGAAAAUUUUGUUGUAAAACUUGGAUGGUAUUCUUUUUUUGCUAAUUAUUUUAUGACUUUUUAAUGUAUGAAAUGAUUUGAUUUUAGAUUAUAAAAUAUAUUUCAAGAGCAUGUGAUUUUCUCAAGUGGUUGGAUUCCAUUUG